CGCACGCGUUAGCAGACAGCGUUGUCUUCCGCACGUGACCACUAAAAUUCUACCUGAGAGUAUGCUAACUGCGACCAUGCUACUAGUUCUACUGAUAGCCGGUAGUGUAGGGUCUGGUCUUAGCGAACAGAAUGCCAUCAAACAUUUCGACGUACAGAAUAUAGAUCAAGCAGAACUAGAUGCUUUGCUGAAGUUUGCUGUCAGAGAAAUUGAAAAAUUGAAGCUGGAUCAUCACGAACUAGACGAGUGCCAUGGUCUAGAAGUAGCCAGUAUCUUAAGAGGAAGAAAACAAGAAAAAGAAGGCGUACGUUAUUCACUAACACUAAAGGUGCAAUCUUCGGCAGUCGACUCCAAAGAAUGUCAGAAGAAAACCUCAAGUUUUGUACUGCAACCUGAGAUUUGUGAAGUAGAAGUGUCCGAGUCAAUGAAAAAGGGGACAGUCCAAAGGACACUGCUGAGGUCAGCUUGCUUACAAGUGGAGGAGCUGUUAGAAUGAAAUAUCCCUUUGGAUAUCUACAUUAACAACCAUGUACGAAUAGGCCUAGGGUGUGCCUUCAGAAGGAUGGACAAGAAAUAGACGUUUUGUACAUAGUCGUGUCUGUAUAUUAUCAUAGCACGUUAUCUGCAUGUAUUGUAUAUAUAUGUAUAGGUGUGUGUGUGUGUGUGUGUGUGUGAUUACAUAUUCAAGAUUAAAACUGUCAAACAACAUGCAGUAAAACUAGCUAUUAUCCGUAAUUUGUUAUUGAAGAAAAUAAUUUAAACGUUAAAUUUUUUUUUUUAGAUUUCUUUCUAUACAACGUAUUGGAAUCAAUGAACUGCCGGGCGAAACGUUGCAAUUAUAAGAUGGAAUCUGUUUAGUUGAGAAAAAUUAUAAAUGAUCUUAAAUUAACAGAUAUUAAGUAAUAGGACCACUGUUUGAUGAGAAAAUGUGAUGAAAGUAACACUUUUCAUGUUUAACGUGCCACUUUUAUGUCGCCACAGUCACGGGCUACUAGUAAAAGGAGUGUAUUAUUGAUAUUUCAGUUACAUCUUACUCGUUUUAGCCUUUACUGGCAAGUUCAUUUUUGUAAUAUCCGAAUUAAUCAGGCCUGUUUGAUUAUAAUAUUUAACGUCUUAGUAUCUUGAAGCCUGUAUUUGGACCAAUUGAAA